UUAUAUAUACCAAACCCUACCUUAACAUUUUUCUUCUCUCUCAACUUAAAUUCUUCCUUUAUUUCUCUUGAGUUUCCAAGCAAGCUUAAGCUUGAGUUGAUCAUAAAAAUGGCACCUUUUUCAUUGCCACCCGGUUUUCGGUUUCAUCCUACAGAUGAAGAAUUGGUGGCUUACUAUCUUAAGAGGAAGAUUAAUGGCCGUAGGAUUGAUCUUGAGAUCAUCCCUGAAGUUGAUCUUUAUAAGUGUGAACCUUGGGAGUUACCAAGUAAGUCAUUAUUGCCAAGCAAGGAUAUGGAGUGGUAUUUUUUCAGCCCAAGAGAUAGAAAAUACCCAAAUGGUUCAAGAACAAACCGAGCAACGAAAGGCGGUUAUUGGAAAGCCACAGGAAAAGAUCGAAAGGUCAACUCAAAAUCUCGAGCGGUGGGCAUGAAGAAAACAUUGGUUUACUACGGUGGAAGAGCUCCUCAUGGCCACCGUACGGAUUGGGUUAUGCAUGAAUAUCGCCUUGAUGAACGUGAAUCUCAACUUGCUUCUUCUGUUUUGGAUGCCUAUGCAUUAUGUCGAAUAUUCAAGAAAACAGCAGUACCAACAGUACCAAAGAGUACAAGACCACAAUAUAAUGCAGCUUGUCACACCCUAAAUAUGGGUCAUCAAAUGUCAAGUGAUCAACAAUCUUCAAGCCUAGACAUAUGCGACGAGUUUAAUAGCUCGCCGGUGCCUAUGGAACAGAGAACAUGUACUACUAGCUUGGCUCGAGCCCAUGGAUCAUCGUCGUCUUACUCGCAUCGGAGUAUGCAGGCAGAUGAUGAGGCUCAAUGGCUGCAUUAUUUGAAUGAUCAACAAGAUUUCAACUUUCCUACACCAACUUCUCACAAUUACCCUCCUUCCAAGGUUGACAUUGCAAUAGAGUGUGCAAGGUUACAACACCGAUUAACAUUACCUCCCUUAGAAGUAGAGGGAUCAUGGUCCCAUACCUUUGGAGCAACAAGUAUACCUUAUAAAAUGGGAAUGUGUCAACCUUACUUUAACAAAGGUAGUAGUAGUAACACCGGAGGAGAUAUUCUAGAUGAAAUUUUAUCAGUAGCUCAAGCUCAACAAGAUCUCAUUCAGACGGAUUUCGAGUAUAAUACACCUUCUAUGAUUGGCGGAUUUAUGAGCCAUGGUGAUCCUAUGAACCAACAAAAGGAAAGUUCUUUGAAUCCCCUUAUGGACAAUUCAUCUUGGGAGGAUUCCAAUUUGAAUAGGAUGGUUAACUUUUCGGAUUUGGUUGUUUUUCAAGAUACAAAUUUAGAUAAGGAUCCCCAGCGUGAGUAUGAUAAAACAGUCCCAAUAGAAAACAAUUCAACAUUGCUUCAUGCAGAUCAACUUGAAGAACUUCAAGAUGACUCUAAGACAGACGAUUUCAAAAUCAAUGAAGAUGAUAUAGACAAUUUCUCAAGCAGUCCGAACUUCGAAGUGUUUGAGGAAGUUGAAGUGAAUCAGAGCUUGUAUGUUUCGUCUCAAUGGCUAGCAGAAACUCGAUUUCAUCAAGUACAACCCACAACUACAGUUCAAGUCUACUUACAACGCGCUAUAGGAUUACAAAACACCAAACUUAAUUCCUAUGAAGUUUAUGCUGAAAAUAGUAGAAAAAAAUCUUCAUUUUUCUACAAAUUGGUAAGGUUUGCUAAAAAUAGUCUUAAGGGUAGAAAGGAUUUGAAGAAAUUAUAUGUGGAAGAUAAUCAUCAUAUUCAAAUAUUUGAUAAGUUGAGUAGUUCAAAAAAUAUGGGUGGCAAGGUAGAAAAGAUUAUGUCAAAUUGGGUAAUGUAUAGGGUAUGGCCUUCAUUAACCCUUGUUUUGGCACUUUGUACCAUAUGGGCUAACCAUGUUGGUCCCACUUCUUGAUUAGGGUAUAAUUAACUCCACUAAUUACUUAUUGAUUUAAUUUUUCUAUAUAUACAAUUAAUUUAGGUUAUUGAUUCAAGUAAGGUGGUAAAGGUUCCACCUUUGCUAGGAUCUAAUUUGUAAUUUUUUUUCUUGAGACAAAUUGAGAAUAUUUGAGAUU